CAAACUUUUGGCCCUCAAUUCUAUAUUAUCAAGAAAUUGUGUUUUUGGUGGUUUUGCGUGAAAUAUUUGUGAAGAUCGUGUUACGGAUCGGAUUAUUGCAAUAUGACGGCCAUUAAUUUUGUACAUAUUUAGAGCUGAAGCGUUGUGAACGGUUAUGGUUUACACUAAAAUGGUGACACAAAUCAAAACAAACAAAAUAAUAAGGAUUCUGACGAAGAAGUAUAUAUGGACGAUAAAGUACUGCUGUGUUUUCUGACAGCGAAGCGCGCCAUCUGUCGGCGACAUUUGAGCUACGAAUUUUAAAGUGUCGGGAGAUGUGUCAGUGAUCGCGUGCGUGUGACCAUGGUAGAGGACACCCAGCAGCCGGAUAGAGUGUCCGCCGCCGCCGUCUUACAGUUCGCAGCGAGGGAGGCGAGCGAGGGAAGGCGGUUCGCCGAGUUCGGUGCGCACGCCUUCGCGAGCAUUACCUAUAAUGCCUACGCGACGCUGGGCGAGGUCGGCAGCGGCACCAGCUCGUCGUCGUCGCACAUGUCCCCGGGCUGGCAGGUCAACGACAUUGACCUCGAGCUGCCCGGCGAGCUGUCUAUGAACGAGGCGCUGCUGUCGCUGCCGUCGCUGGUGUUCAAGCAGGAGGCGCCGUCGCCCACCGGCGCCGUGCUGUCGCCGCCGCGCCGCGCCUGGCCCCGCCGACCUGAUGACAGACAGAUCACCAACAUGGUUGUGGACGGUCGCGAGGGUAUGGAGGAGGGGUGCCAGCCCUCCCCCCCACACAAUGCCGCCAUGAUGAACCAACAUGCAAACAGCCCAGAGAGUAUGCAGUGCCAGAACAUGGCUCCUAUCUCCAUGAUGCCCGUCAACGGCUACCACUCGCCCAACGGACAGGAGAACAAGACGGGCGGGCUGCUGAUGUGUUCGCCGGCGAGCUCGCUGGACGGCUUCCUGCACUCGCCCGUGCAGCGCGAACAAAGUUUCAAGGAUGAUACCAGAUUCCAGUACGUGCUGGCAGCGGCGACAUCUAUCGCGACGAAACAGAACGAGGAGACUCUGACGUACCUCAACCAGGGGCAGCCCUACGAGAUCAAACUCAAGAAGCUCGGCGACCUCUCACACUACAAGGGCAAGAUACUCAAGAGUAUAAUCAAGAUCUGCUUCCACGAACGUCGCCUGCAGUACAUGGAGCCGCAGCAGAUCGCGCAGUGGCACGCCGAGCGACCCGGCGAGCGGAUCAUUGAGGUGGACGUGCCGCUAUCUUACGGCGUGAUCCGCGUGGAGCAGCCGGCCUGCCUCAACGCGCUGCACGUAUACUGGGACCCCACCAAAGACGUCGGCGUAUACAUCAAGGUGAAUUGCAUUUCGACGGAGUUCACGGCUAAGAAGCACGGCGGCGAGAAGGGUGUGCCGUUCCGCAUACAGGUGGAGACCAGCCUCGCCGACCAGCCGCUCCGCCUGCACGCCGCCGCCUGCCAGAUCAAGGUGUUCAAGCUGAAGGGUGCUGACCGCAAGCACAAGCAGGAUCGGGAGAAGGUGCUGCGGCGGCCGCGCAUGGAUCUCGACAAGUACCAGCCCGGCUGCGACGCCACCAUACUCACCACCCUGUCCAACGAAGCCCUGCAGCCUCCACCGUCCCUGGUCACCACGUCUUCACCACCAUACUCGCCGGACAUGUGUGUGGCACCAAAAGCUGUUGCAAGUCCCAUACUGGUUAACAAUCCAGUUCUGUCCCAGCCUGCGAUUUUGUCUUCAAACAAUCAAAUGAAACCUCUAUACUGCCAAGAUGGGGGCGAUGUGAAAGUGAGCUCGCCGACGUGUCACUCUCCCGGCGCCAUCCUGCCGGACCUGCCGCAGUCCGCUGAGGAUCCAGAUAAGAGCUACGGUUUGUCUAAGGAGGCGUCCGCGGCGGAGACUGCGGCGUGGCUGACUCGCCACCGCUUCACGCAGCAUGUGCCCACAUUCAACAACUUCUCCGGAGCUGAUUUGCUCAGGUUGUCGCGUGAUGAUAUAAUACAGAUCUGCGGGCUAGCCGACGGCAUUCGUCUAUUCAAUGCUCUGCAUGCCAAGCGUAUCGAGCCGCGUCUGACGCUGUACGUGUGCGGCGGCGGCGGCGGCGGGGGCGUGUACAGCGCGCUCUACCUGCACGCCUGCCGCGCGCACGAGCUGCUCGCUAAGCUGCGGACACUGCUCGGCGCCAAGGAUUCCGACACGGUCCUCGUGUCGGGGCCGAACGGAGCCAAGGUGCGUCUGACUGACGAGCUGGUGCGCCACCUGCCCGACCACUCCACCUACCGCCUGGAGAAACUCGACGAUGGCUCGCUGCUGCUCAGCCAGACCAACUGACCCCCGUUACACAGGCGGGACCCACAGACCCUCGGAUGGAACCCACAAACCCGUAUCACCACCGGGUGAAACACUGAGAUGACAAUACCUCGUCUAGGUUUGAGCUGCAAAUCUAGACGUUUAAAAAUCUCAAAGUUUAGCUUUGAUUUAAUGUGUUGAAUUGGCAUAAGUUUGGAAGUUUCUCUCUAAUUGUGUUAUGUCAUAAAACAAAGUUGUUAAAUGGAAAGUCAGCUAAAUUUAUACGAGAGUAAGAGAUUCAUGGUCGACAUCUAGUAGCUGAUGUGAGGAGCGUCAGAAUUAAUAUGUUAAUGAAUCACGCCUUUACUUUGCAACGAAGAGAAACCUAAAUCUCUCGCUACAAUUUUUAAUAUUAAUCAGGUUUUUACACCCUCACCACAUAGUUGGUUUGAGUUAGACUUUGUUGAUGGAGCAGUAAUAUAGUCUUUGAAAGAAUUUGGAGCAACAAUAACAUCAAGUUGCUAUUAGUGUAGAGUUGUGUUUUACAAUAUUUUUUUCACUAACACCGUCACCUCAUUCGUCAUAUUAUCAUUAAUAAUUAAUAUUAUUGCAUGAAAUUGCUUAAUCCAAAUAUAAUGCCUAUUAUAAAUAGGUCUGUUAUGUUGUUUUACUUAGAUUAUGAUUAUUAUAUAAGAUUUUAUUUGUCCAAUACAAAUUUUGACGUAGUAUCGUAGAACGCAGAAAUUAUAGUGCGUAGGUUUCUCAAAUUCUGAGGAUAUCAAUGGUAAAUAAUAAGAACAUUAUGAAUUAGUCUUAGAGCAGGGACCAAAAUAUUGAAGGGAUUGUAAUUUUAUUGACUAUGAAAAUGCAAGAUCAUUUACGUUUGGAGAUUUUCGUGUAAUGAGUGCUAGUUUUUGUCUCUACAUGUAUAGAAGUUUACAAUUUGUAUUGCAUUAAAAGACACUAGUUUUGAAAGUAAGUUGCCUGUUUCGAUGUCAUGCAAAUUGUAAGCAAUCUCUUCUUUGCGAGUUGUUACAUCGCGCACUCAGCACAUAUUAUCAAAUGAUCGUCAAACGGUUGGAUGCAUAUAGGUUGUCAAUUACGAUCAGAAUCUUGAAGAGUAUAAUAUUUUAUGAAAUAUAAUUGUAUUUAUAAAAAGGUCUAUAACUUUUAUUAGUAAAAGAUAUAUUGUUAUGUGUUUAGCGACUAAGAAAGCUUAUGUAUGUCAGAGGUAUCAUAAUCGUAAUGGUGAACUCAACUAGCACCAAAUAGGUGACUUCAAGUGAUCCCGGGUGUUUUGACUUCAUGAACUGUUUUAAGAUGUGAAGUGAGAAAAACUGCUCCUGACACCAAAGUGGCUAUGUAAUUGUUACAGCUGGUUACCUCUAGAUUAUGUCAUAUAACUUGUAAGUGUUGUCAUAAUAUAAUAUUAUAUAACGUGUAAAAGAUAAAAUAUUGAUAGCAACUUUUUCAGUAAUUCGCCAUGAUGGGUUUUGCUGUUGGUCAAGUCAUUUUGAUCAUGAAACACGCUUGCCUUAUAUUUUAUUUUUAUGCGGCUACUAAGCCCAAAAAUGGAGAUGCCUUAGCUUUAUAAAAUAGAAUAAGUAAAUAAAACGUGUUAUCUAUUUUAAGAGGCGCUUUGCAGACGA